GGGGCUCUUGUUGUCGUCCGGCGCCUGAGGAGACGGGUCGGUGGCCGCCGCUAGCCAGGGCAGUGCGGGCUCUGUCGGUCGGUCGGUCGGUCGCUCCGCCCCGGUGAGCCGGGGACAUGUCGAGGCGGGCGGAGGCCUGGCGGGCCGCGGCGAGGAGUCGGACGGCGGCCGAGGCGCCCUGCUCGAGCUUUCCCCGCCCGCUGUGCCGCUUACAGGCGCCCAGGGAGUGAGGGAGCCGCCGCCGCGGGGAGACCGGCCGGGACUGAGCCAGGGAGACGCGAGCAGUACCAGCUUUGCAGCAGCCGUGGCACUGGGAGUUGCUCUGGAGCCGAAGGUGGGACAAUGAAGCUGUUAGAGAACUCCAGUUUUGAAGCAAUAAACUCUCAGCUGACAGUGGAGACGGGAGAUGCUCACAUCAUUGGCAGGAUCGAGAGUUACUCCUGUAAGAUGGCGGGCGAUGACAAGCACAUGUUUAAGCAGUUCUGCCAGGAGGGCCAGCCACAUGUUCUUGAAGCGCUGUCACCCCCUCAGACCACGGGGAUUAGCCCCAGCAGGCUCAGUAAAAGCCAGAGUGGAGACGAGGAGGGGCCACUGAGUGACAAGUGCAGCCGCAAGACCCUCUUCUACCUGAUCGCUACCCUCAACGAGUCCUUCCGGCCCGACUACGACUUCAGCGCUGCCAAGGGCCAUGAGUUCAGCAGGGAGCCGAGCCUCAACUGGGUGGUGAAUGCUGUGAAUUGUAGCUUGUUCUCAGCAGUCCGGGAGGACUUCAAAGCCCUGAAGCCUCACUUGUGGGAUGCUGUGGAUGAGGAGAUCUGUCUGUCGGAGUGUGACAUCUACAGCUACAACCCAGACCUGGACUCGGACCCCUUCGGCGAGGAGGGCAGCCUCUGGUCCUUCAACUACUUCUUCUACAAUAAGAGGCUGAAGAGGAUUGUCUUCUUCACCUGCCGCUCCAUCAGCGGGUCCACGUACCCUCGCUCAGAAUCAGGGAAUGAGCUGGACAUGGAUCUCGGUGAAGAAGACCAGGAGGGGAGCAUGGAUGCCUAUGACAAGGAAAGCAGCAAUAUCGAGGACCGGUGUGUGAGCUCGGCUGGCAGGGACGUGCCGAGUGGGGCGGGAUCCUGGCUGUCCCCUGCCCGCAAAGCGUGACUGCACGCAGACAUGCUGGAGAGUCACGGGGUGCAGGUUAUCUGCAUGUGAGUGUCCAGAUGAGCUCCAAGAAGUACUCAGCCCUGCUGAGCCAGCCUUCCAGUCUUCAGUCCAUCAGCAUUGAGGAUGGGCCAGCCCUGGCCAUUGUGUGAACUACCCCAUGCAUAGAGCCUGCAGCCCUGCUCUGCUCUUUGGCGCCGGGGGCUCCAGAGUGCCCCAGCACCUGCCCCACAGCACUGCAUGUGGAAAGCAGCUGGUGCCUCUGGGCUGCAGACGUCCUCCAGCUGCAGGUGCUGCCCCAGAGCCCGUUCCCUCCAGACACGUGCUGCGUGAUUGGUCAGCAGAGGCCACGCUCUCACUGCCGGCCUGGGCUCCGGCUCGCCAGACGCUUGCGCAGGGCCUUUGAGACGCUUCAAUGCACUGUAGGAAUUGAUCUGCUGGCUGCACUGGUCCUGCUCCUGCUGGCUCUGAAGCAGGGCAGGCUGCUCCUCGGGCACUUUCCCUUACCGAUGGCGACCCAUCCACCUCCGUCCGGCCAUAGCAGUGGCAGGGCAUCCUCGCCUCCUGAUCUCCUCUUUCAGAACUGUUGGUGACCCGCGCCUGCUCCCUGUUCUUGGGGGGCUUGCUUGGCCCCUGCUCACCUCACGGACUCAGUUUGCUCUUUUCCAAGGCUGUGGCAGGCGCCUUGCGGCCCCAUGCUGAGCGCUGCUCUCCUGUGCAGACGAACUGGCUGGGAAAUCGAGCUGAGGCCAGCGGGGCUGUUUGGUUGGUUGGUUUUUAAACCACAGACGACGUUUGGCAUCAGCUGUGCUAGAGCUGGGCAAGAGCGCGGCUGGGCCGGGAAGGGGUGGCUGCCGGGAGCCUGCGCCGCUCUCCGGGAUUUCUGCAGAGCCUGUUUUCGGAGGCUGGGCGCGUGUUGGGAGCUCAGCCCUGUUGACUCUGGUUUGACUGCAUCCUCCCCUCUGUCACCCUUGGCUGGUUCCCCAGCACUGGCCCUCUGGGCCCGAUGCCAGGCUCCCCCGGCCCCUGGGAUGAGUAUACGCUGUCCCAGGGCCAGAGCAGGACUGGGGUGCAGAGCCGCCUGCUCUUCAUGGGCACUGGAGCACAUGGGGAGACUGGGGGGACCUGGCACUAGUGUGGUGUCUGCAGAGGGGGGCAGCAGCACCCGGCCCAGGUCCCUGCAGCUCCUCAGGCCUCACCCGCCCUGGCAGGUUGCACCAGGAUAGCUGCAAACCCCUCGGGGAGAUGUGCUGGCAGAGCGUCUGGGCCCAGCGUCUCUGCAGCGGGGGCAGGGUGGAGAGAGGCCAGCCCAGCACAGUCGGGGCCCCUAGAUCUCAGCCAGCCAGGGAGCUGUGCCCUGCCAGCCUCAGACCUACAGAGGGAGCUGUAGCGGCCCCUGGUUCUGCUGCUGGCCCAUGCACCAGCCUCCUCCCUCGGAGCUGGCUCGUCACCUAGCCCCCUUCACUGCCGGAAUCUGCCACGGGAACGGCGCUGGGGUGAGCUAUGGCUUUCCCUACAGCUAGAGGACUGUGCGGGGAAGCCUGCCUGCCCAGCCAAGGGGGCUGCCAGCUGCCCCCAGAGCCUCCCCUUCCCUGUGGGGCAUUGUCCCUUCACCCAUCCUCCAAGGCCAGCUCAGUGCUUUAAGGGCCAGCAGGUGCCUGUACAUCACUGCUGGUAAGAGCUGUCUUGGCAGGAUCCAUCUGCCUCCUUGGGCCUGCAGGGUGUGCCUGGGGGCCUUGCUGGCCCGGGGAGGAUAUGGGGAGGGGACCCUUACGUCAAAGUGUCCUGUUUUACCCACCUGUAGUCUAAGGAGGCUGCUCUCCCUAGCGCUGGGAGCCACGGCUGUAACCGCCUGCCCUCGAGCAGGGAGCCCAUGUGCAUUGACCAUCCCUGCUGGAGUGCCGCAGCCCCGGCUAGGCUCUGGCUGGAGCUCGCAGCAUCGGGGGGCUCGCUGACAGUGUCGUGCUUGCCCCUGAGCCGUGCCAUGGCUGGUCAUCAGGGUGGAGGCCACCAGCCCGGCCCAGGCCCGGGCAGCUUGGACUCCUGCCAUAUGCUCAGCAUGGCCUGCAUGGGUGUGUCUGCAGUGGUGCCCGGGCAGAGGGCUGGUGAGCACAGCACGCUCCACAGUGUGACCCGUAUCCAUGGCUGAGAUGGGGCCCUGGCCAGGAACUAUGGGUCCAGAUCCCAGCCCAGCUAUCAAGAACCUGGCAUUCCCGCUCCUGCCUUUGCCCCUAUGUUCACUGGCCCAAGUGGUGCAUAGCUGGCCUCUCGGCAGGGAGCCCCUGCUCUAAGGGGAGGGCACAGCUGCUGUCCCCCUGCACUGCUUUGAGAGCUUGUGCCUCUAGUCUCCUGCACGGGUGGGCAGGGAGCUGGGGCCCGUUUCAUGGUUAAGUCCCUGUGAGGUUUGACUUUACUGCAUAGCAAUGUAUCGUUACACCAAUAAAGUUUAUCUGUGACUGACA